UACAGAAUAGAAGCGAUCGGAGCAGCAGGAGGAUACGAUCAACUUGACGGAAGUGUUCAAUACCGAGGAAGAGGGGCGAUUAUGGUUGGAACAUUUCGCCUAAACAAGGGUGAAGUCAUACAAGUAAUUGUUGGUCAAGAAGGAGGAAUAACCAAACGGAGGUGGUCUUCUGGAGGUGGUGGAGGAACAUUUGUUGUGAGAGGAGCCAAUACACCUUUGAUCAUAGCUGGAGGCGGGGGAGGCUUACAAAGUCUUAAUUCAAGACAUGGAGGAUGUGACGCCAGCACACAAACAACAGGGAAUACUGGAUACAAAUCAUGGCCAGGGGGAAGCAAUGGACAUGGUGCACAGACUGCUGAUAACAGGUCUCAUACAGGUGGAGGUGGUGGCGGCUUUUGUUCAAGUGGAAGAAGUGGAGCGUAUUUCAAUGGAACCGUGGGGGAGGGUGGAGAGGGUGGUAAGGGAUUUCUUCAGGGAGGGGUGGGUGGGAGAACCCGUUACAACGAUACCACUGGUGGGUUUGGGGGAGGAGGUGGGGCUUGGGGAUGGGCAGGGGGAGGAGGAGGAGGAGGAGGGUACUCUGGGGGAGGUAGUGGUAAAGACCUAGGUGGUUCCUGUGGCGGUGGAGGUGGGUCGUUUAAUGCUGGAAACAACCAACAUAAUGAUUGUUGUUACAACUCUGCAGGUCAUGGUCAGGUGACGAUAACGUUACAGUAGAGUAAACUAACCAUUAGCUACCAAACUUCAUAAAAAAAAAUCAACAGACUGAGAGGGUGAAUCAGGGCGUUGGACGUUUUGUUUCUUUAACGUGGACAUUAGGUCGAGGUUGAUCUUCAAAGGGAAGUGUUGAGAACAGACUUCUGCCUAAGAGACUAUUUCAUAAUAACAUCAGAACAACUAGCAUAUCUCAAAGCUUCAUCUCGAUCUCCUCAUUUUCCUUCGAUCGUGCAUUUUAGUAACAGUAUGUCAUUAUGUUGGUUGACCUUCUCUAAUUUGGCUUGUUAACUCAGUUCGAAAAGCAUUGCAUCGGUAUCGCAGAGGUCAUGGGUUAAAAUCCCACGCAGGCCUGAAUUUCUCGGGCCUUACUUUCAGUACUGCUUAGGUCGUGUUCAUUUCUAUGAAAACUGCUUUAAUUUUCUUAAAAGGAUGUUUCUUUGACAACCAUUUUGGGGAUUUUAAAAUGCCGAAGCCAGAAAUGAACUAGAUAGACUUAAGGUGUGUAAACUUUAUCGACAUUUAGAAAGCAAAGCUAGAUAUUCCUGAAUAUGAAUAAACAACUGGUGCCAGAGGAAUAUAUUAUAGAGAGGCCAUAAUGUCGUUCUGUUACUCAGUUUUACCCAUAUCCAAUAUGUUAUACUAUAGAGAAGAAAUUAUGUCGUUCUGUUACUCAAUUUUUACCCAUAUCCAUUGUGUUAUAUCAUAGAGAGGCAACGAUGUUGUUCUGUUACUCAAUUUUACCUAUAUUCAUUAUGUUAUAUAAUAGAGGCAAAAAUGUCGUUCUGUUACUCAAUAUUACCUAUGUUCAUUAUGUUAUAUAAUAGAGAGGCAUCAGCGUCGUUCUGUUACUCAAUUUUCACAUAUCCAUUAUAUUAUAUUAUAGAGAGGCAAGAAUGUCGUUCUGUCGCUCAAUUUUACCCAUAUCCACUAUGUUGUAUUAUAGAGAGGCAACAGUGUUUUUCUGUCACUCAAUUGUACCCAUAUCCACUAUAUUGUAUUAUAGAGAGGUAACAGUGUCGUUGUGUUACUCAUUUUACCCAUAUCCACUAUGUUAUAUUAUAGAGAGGCAACAGUGUUGUUCUGUCACUCAAUUUUACCCAUAUCCACUGUUAU